AUGUCGACGUUUUCGCCGUCAUUGGCCGCAAUUACUCUCCUUUUUCUGAUCGUCCUCAAUCUAUCUUCGGUUUCUGCUAAUCACACGACGGAGAUCACCAAGGGAGGAGAGAUCAGGCUACCUUCGGAGAAGAUCAUCAACGGUGGAAACAGAGGCGAAUUCUGCGAAGGAACGGCUAAACCGGCUUCUUGUCCGGUCAAGUGUUUCAGGGCGGAUCCGGUUUGCGGAGAAGACAGCGUUACUUACUGGUGCGGUUGCGCAGAUGCUUUCUGCCACGGCGUUCGUGUCGCUAAACCAGGAGCUUGCGAUGUUGGUAAUGGCGUCGGUUUGUCUGUUCCUGGACAAGCUCUGCUUCUGAUCCACAUUGUCUGGCUCAUGCUUCUUGGGUUCUCUAUUCUCUUAGGCCUCUUCUGA